CAAAAACAGCGCGGAAAUACGAGUCACAUAUUUUUGAGAAAUCGAGUAUCUGACUUCUCUACAAGUGGACCUUGGCUGUCAACAAAUACCAUUCAAGCAACAUGCGGCAAAACUUUAUAGGCAUGGUCGUUAGUAAUGCCAUGCAGAAAACCGUCAAAGUGAAAGUUACCCGUCAAAAGUUACAUCCCAUCGUUUUAAAGACCAUCAAAACACACAAGAACUACUUGGCCCACGACGAAAACCAGCUUUGUGGAUUAGGCGAUGUCGUUCGUAUCGAAGCAUGCAGACCGUUGAGCAAGCAAAAGCAUUUCACCGUAGCUGAGAUUGUCCGCAGUGCCAAAGGAGCAUAGAACAAUUCAUAUUGCAUGGAAAUCAAUAAUAAUAAUAAAAAUUAGAAUGUGUAUAUAAGCCAUAAGUCAUCUGUCAUCUAUCCUUAAGCAGCAUGAAAGUUGCAAAAAGUAGCAAACAGGAGUGGAAGGUGGAGGAAGCAUGACUAAUCCAUAGAUAUCGCAGCUAGGGCACUGUAAGUGCUGCGAAAUCAUGAUGAAUUGAUAAGCAGUCGACGCUAUGCAACAAAAAAAAUGAGUUUUUCUUUAUUGGGAACAAUUUUUUAAGAUAGCAGCAUUGGGAAUGAGGUAACCUGAGGGUAUGAG